AUGCAAAGGUCUUUAGUACUCAACUCUACCAACAACUUCAAAACAGCGUUCAAGCCCUCCCUCGCUAGCUCCAUUAACCUCGUUUUUAACGCUGGAACAAGAUUCGAAGACACUCAAGGUGUGGCUAACGUUUUAAAGAACUUUGCUUUUAGGGACACACAAAACCGCUCCAGCCUACGUCAAGUUAGAGAAGCUGAAGCUGCUGGUGGUGUUCUCUACUCUUCCCUUACAAGAGACAAUCUCACUCUCUCUGCUGACUUCAUCCCCGGCCAUGAAGACCUUUUCCUCUCUCUUCUCGCUGAUGUCGUUAAGUCGACCAAGUUCGCCCCUCAUGAAUACAAAGAGGUCGUUAAGCCUGCUAUCGAUUCUGAAGUAAACGCUGCUCAGCGUAAUCCUCUCAUUCAAGCCAUCGACGCUGCUCACACUAUCGCCUUCAGAAGAGGUUUGGGUAACUCUCUCUUCUCCGCAUCCGAGCAACCCGUAGACCUCCAAGACGUCAAAAAGUUCGCCAGUAAAGUCUACUCUGCCGACAACGUCGCCUUUUUAACUACCGGGCAAUCUGACUUUUCAUCCAACUUAUCAUCCUACUUCAACGACUUAACCGCAACUGGUCAAGUUAGCUCACAACCAUCCAAAUACUUUGGUGGUGAACAGCGCUAUAGCCUCUCGCACGAUGGUCACUCCCACCCAUCUGCAUUCAUCGCCUGGGGCUCAACCUCUCCAUCACCUGCUCACAACGUUUUAGCUGAAUUGUUGGGUGGUCAAUCUAACAUCAAAUGGUCGAGAGGUCUUUCACCUUUGUCUGCAAUCGAAGAGGGCAAUGUUAACGCUCUCAACUUUGAUUACUCUGAUGCUAACCUCUUUGGUUUCACUGUCGAAUCAUCAACCGACCUCAACGUCAAGACUGCUUCACAGAAAGCUGUUGCAGCUCUCAAGGCAGUUGCUCAAAAUGGUGUCGAAUCCGCUCAGUUACAACCUGCUAUCGCUAAAUCUAAAUUCAACUACACCCUCUACGCUGACUCAGCUCAAGGAUGGAAGCAACUUAACGGCGAAGGUCUCAUCAACAACAACCUCAAAUCACUCGAUCAAGUUCUCGGUGAAUUCGAUGGCGUAUCUACUACAUCCAUUCAACAAGCAGCUGCUCAUCUUCUCGACAACAAGGUCACUCUUGUCACUGUCGGUGGUAGAGACGCUCCAUACGCCGAUGAAUUGCAUCUCUAA